AUGCGUCUCUCAUUUGCACUCUCACUAUUGAGCUUGUCCGUUGCAUGGGCAAGUAAUAUCAUUGUCGUCAACGACGAAAACUUUGAUGAUGUUGUUUUGAAUUCAGAUAAAACAUCUUUUGUCAAGUUCUAUGCUGAGUGGUGCACCCACUGUAAGAAGAUGAUUCCUGAAUGGGAAAAGUUGGCCGAUUCCUUUGCUGAGGUCGACGACGUCCAAGUUGUGGAGAUCGAUGCUGAUAAAUCUAGAGCAAUUGGUAAAAGAUACAACAUUGCAUCCUAUCCAACUCUCAAGUUGUUCCGUGCUGACGCUUUAUCUGAUCCAGUUGACUUUGAAGGACAAAGAGAGUACGAAUACUUUGCUAACUUUUUGCUCAACCAAGUUGGUGCUCAAGGAAAAAAAGUCGGACCACCUUCUAAAGUUGUCCAGGUCCAUGACGGUAACAUUGAAAAACUGGUUGAGAACAAGGAUAGAUAUGCCAUGAUCUUGUUUACCAGAGAGAAGGAUUGUGAUGAAUGCAUUGAUACCAAGAAGGCUUUCGAUGAAUUAUCUCAAGCUUUCCACAAGGAAUUGGACAAGAUUAUCAUUGGCGAAGUUAAGAAGAACGGUGAUGAACCAACGGACUGGACUAGAGAGAUGUUCGGAAUUUCCGAAUACCCAGCAGUUGUCUUCGUUGAAAAGGGUGAUCUACAGAAAUAUGAGGUUUACCAAGGGGAAACAACUGGAACGGAGUUAGUUAAGUAUAUCAACACUAAGCUUGGUACUAAGAGAGCAACCAACGGUUUACUAGACACUCAAGCGGGUAUUAUUCCAGAAAUGGAGGAGUCAUUGGCGAAAUUCAUUGGCUACAACAUUGUUGACAGAAGAGCCUACGUUUCUGAAUUCAUUGAGAAUUUGAAGAAGGUGGACGAUGCUUUAUUCAAGAAUGAAGUUAAGUAUUAUGCACUUAUUGUCAACCAAUUCAUUGCAGGUAACAAUGAGUAUGUUGAGGCCGAGUUUGCUAAAUUCGAGCAGAAGCUUGCUGACAAGACUGUUGAUUCGGUUGAGAAAGAUUUGGUCAACAUGAAGCUCAAUUUGUUGAAGCAUAUCAAAGAGUUGACUACACCAGAAACUUAUAGAGACGCCAAUGACGUUAUGAAGGCAAAGGAGGAGUCCAAGAAACUAGAGAAGGACGAGUUGUAA